GGACUGGUUGUAUUUUGGUUUGGAGGCAAAAACCCAACUCGAAAAAAGAAUGGUCCAGCGAACCGUGUAUUCGCGCAUCAGUGUUCGUAUAGCUGAGGAAAAACAGCUCCUAGCAGAAGAGAAAUGGAUCAUCAGUGCCCUUACCAAAGUUCGCAAGGAGCGUAACCGUUUACAGAUUGAUAGAUUGGAGUUAGAAAACCAAAAGAUGCAGCUAAUGAAACGGUCCCGCUCCCAAGCAACACCGGCCAGGCCCGAGACGCCGUCCGAGAAGGUCAUGAAGCUUAUGAACUCAGCGAGCACAAGUGGUCCGAUCCCGGAGCUCGAGGACCUCGCACAUGAGAUCAGCAAGGAGGCUCUAUGCAAUGAGCAGGAGCUUAAUCUAACUGUUACUAAUCCUAUAUUGAGUCUCAACUACAACAACAUGGUGGAAGAGGAAGUGGACUCGGAGGGUUCAGACGACGCUGACAGAGUAUUACUGGACAUGAACAUGUUCAUGAAUGGGGACCCUUAUGGAAAACCUGGGAAGAACAAAUAGUAUCUCUCUUUUA